AUGCGACAACCACUUGGUUAUACUGAUAUUCAAUUGCCUGAUUAUGUGUGUCUGUUAAAACAAUCUUUAUAUGAUUCUGCAUGUGUAGACCUACUGGUUUAUGUUGAUGAUAUUCUUGUGAUUGUGAAUGAUCCUAAACUUGUGAAUGAUCUGUUGUUGAAAUUAUCUACUGCAUUCAAGAUUAGGGAUCUUGGUGAACCAGGUUUCUUUCUUGGUAUUGAGAUGGUAAAGAAUGGUAAUGCUAUUAAUCUUUCACAACAAAGAUAUAUGACUGAUAUAUUGAAACGUGCUGGUAUGGCUGAAUGCAAACCUUUGGCUACUCCUAUAUCUACUACGAAAGUGUCUUCCUUGAUUUCUAUUGCAGAUCUUCAACCAACUAUGUCAGCAUAUGCAUGCACCUACGGUCUCACACUGAGAGCUCCUCAAACGGGUGUUGCGGCUAGUUGUCCUGAUGACCGUAAGCCUACUAGUGGUUAUGUUGUGUUUUUGGGAACCAAUCUUGUAUCAUGGGUGUGUAAGAAACAAAGAACAUUUGCUAGAUCUUCUAAGAAGCGGAAUAUAAAGCUCUGGCUGAUGUCUGUGCUGAAGUAA